AUGGCCUCUCGGGCCACACGUGGCGAUUGCCAGACACGCUCCGCACUGUCCUCGCACUGCUCCACUCGUGUUUAUUUCUCUUUUGUUGGUCCACAGGAGCUGGAGGAAAUCCGCAAGUGUGGGAUGAAAAACUUCCGUAACAUCCAGGUUGAUGAAGCUAAUUUAUUGACUUGGCAAGGGCUCAUCGUUCCCGACAACCCUCCAUAUGACAAGGGAGCCUUCAGAAUCGAAAUCAACUUCCCAGCAGAGUAUCCAUUCAAACCACCUAAGAUCACUUUUAAAACAAAGAUUUACCACCCUAACAUCGAUGAAAAAGGGCAGGUCUGUCUGCCGGUAAUUAGUGCUGAAAACUGGAAGCCAGCAACCAAAACUGACCAAGUCAUCCAGUCCCUCAUAGCACUGGUGAAUGACCCCCAGCCUGAGCACCCCCUUCGGGCUGACCUAGCUGAAGAGUACUCUAAGGACCGUAAAAAAUUCUGUAAGAACGCUGAAGAGUUUACAAAGAAAUAUGGGGAAAAGCGACCCGUGGACUAAAUCUUCCGUGAUUGAUUCCAACCAGGGCAAGCGGCAACCCGGAGCAGCAAAUUUCCAACACCCCGCAACCAGGACUCUUUGGGAAAUUGAUAGGGGCCACCUCCUGGCGUUAACUUGAGGCAGUUACUAACUUUCUACAGUUUUCUUAAUCAAAAGUGGUCUAGGUAAACCUGUAAAGAAAGGAUUAAAAAUUUAAGAUGUUCUAGUUCUGAUUUCUUUGUUUUAAAAAUCACUGCUUCAAUCUACCUUAAAGGAUGGUGUGUUCUUUUCUUGCCCAAAUCUAUCCCAAAUCUUCAGUUUCUCUUCAGGUUUAAAACAGAAAGUUAGUGAGUGGUGCACACUCCUGAUCCCUCCCUUCCCCUUUGUAGGUCUUAUUUUAUUGAGUUCAUUUUAAUCACACUCCCUGUCCCCAGAACAAUGCCUUGGGAAUCUCUCCCCCCACCCCAACCCUCAUUCAACCUCUUCCCUUCCCCCCCAUCCCAAGCCCUGAAAAAAAAAUGGCCUAAAACCCAGCAGUCCUAUUGCCCGCCCUCCCUGCGGUUUUGUGCUUUGUGAGCACGGUUUGUGAGUUUGUAACAUCUCAGAAACCCAAAUGAGGCCGAACCCCAGGGUGAAGUCUGUGAUGAGGAAGGAGUCUGGCUGUUGUGUAAAUCCGGCUGAUGUUAUCAAAACAAUGUCAUUAAAUGGGCAAACCCCUGAUUGUCUGCUUGUGUGUGUGAUUGAAUUACAGCCUGGCUCCAGAGCUGUCAGCACUGGGCUGUGUGUUUUUGUACUGGGAGUCUUUGGGCUAACUAGCUAGAAGACACAUGGGCCUCCUGACUGACAGUGGCCAGUUGGAAGCAGCUUUUGGAAUGGGCUGGGCAGGGUUCAUACCCCCUCUUCUCCUAUUAAGAUGCAUACUGAUACCACUCACAGGAGAUGUCCUGUGACAGUGAAAAGCUAAUUCUAUUGACAUUGUUUUCCACGGGAGUAUAGAACUUUGUAUCAGAAUGGACUCAAAAUUUUUGGCAAAGUUCCCCCUUAUCUCCAAUAUUGAAUUCUUUGAUUAUCUUAGAGAAAGAAAUUUGAGUUUGGGAUUCUGCUUGUAACACCUAAAGGUGUUACUCAUCUGGGUCAAGGUCAUCACCCUUCCUCCCCGCCCCCUGUCCCUUUUUAGAGUCAUUGAGAAGAGCCUCUCUGGGGAGGGCAGCUUCUCUUUCCUUUGACCACUUUGACUGAAACAAGGCAUUGCCCCCUCCCUCUGGAUGAGGCACCCCCGGGGAAGAAACCUGCCUUCACUUGGGAAAAUCUUUUGCUGUCCUUUAAGGAUGGUUGUUCGGGUUUUGUUUUGUUUUUUAAUAUUACAAGCAUUUUGAUGGCUUUUUUUGGUAGAAAUAAAAAGUGAUUAUAAAUUUGCAAUCAUAUGGAAUUAAAAGGAUUAAAAUGUUGCUGUCUCUUAAAAAUAAAUAGCUCCCCCCCCAAUAAAUAAAUGAAUAAGAUCCUAGAAAAUAUCCAUUGUUGAUACCCAGAUAUUUGCUGUGGUUAAUUCUGGUGACGUGAGAUUGACGACUUUCUCGGUUUUUUAGAUCUUGUCCCAAAUGAUCUCAAAUCUUUAGCCUCAUCUAGUUGCUGAGGAGGAGUAGGUCGUGGAGGAGAGGAUGUUCAAGAGCUUAACAUUUUUUCCCCCGGGGCGUUGAGACAUGUAGGGUAUUCUGCUUUCUGUUUGUGCAAAAGUGGGAGGUUUGUGAAGUUUUCAUUUGUCAGUGACCACAUUGCUGGCCUGUAAAUAUCCCCAGCUUCUUCAGCCCUCUCCAAGAAAUAGGGUGCACAACUGCAUUUGGGGUAUGCCCGUGUUUUCAGGGGGGCGGAGGGGCGCCCAUCAUCAACACAACCACCACUGUCUCUUCGUUUGCUGAAAAUUGGUACGGACUUUGUUUCCCGACUUCUUUGGAUUUGUAAUAAAAUGCCAGAUUCUGUCAAACAAAAGCGUGUUUAGCUCCUACAUCAGACUCCUACCUAGACCAAGCCACUGUCUGUCCUGUUACUGCCUCUGAACGGGAAAUGUUUGCCGUUCUUUGAAACUGUCUGGUCCUUUCCUCUUUCGAUAACACUUGCUUCUCUCUCAUAGUGUGUAGACCUUUCUGAUUGUCAGCCUCUCAGGUUAAUGCCAUUGAGAGGGAACCUCCGCAGCCCGGCACUGGGAAAGUGUGUGGAUGUGAGCUCACUUGAUGCUGUUCUGGGCCACCGGGUGGGCAACAGAUGUAGAACAGUGGGUUUUAUUGUUUGCCUCAAAGCUGUGGCUUUUCUGUAAAGAGCUAAUGAGGGGGAGUUGUGAAAGGGGGUGGGGGGUGGGGGGAGAAGCUUCUGCCAUAGUGAGAACCAAAUCGUUGUGUAUGAUGGUGGAUGAGGAGGUGCUGGCUGUCCUUGGAUCACUCAGGACUUCACUCCUGCUCCUUAACUGUUCCUGACAAUGUGCUGAAUUCUCAGCAUCCCUUCCCUUCCCCGAACUACAGCAUACUCUACCCCCACCACCACCUCGUUGUGGUAUAGACUUUCUAAGGUUCUGCGAUUCCAUUCUGCUACCCUAAAUAAAAGUGCUCUCAAAGGU